AUGGAACAGUCCACUAACAGCUUAUUCCACAGCUUUAUCCACGUCGCCGGCUGGUCUCAGCACUUUCCCUCCUCAGCCAGAUCCCUCAGCCACCUCCGGUCAAUAUCAACAGUUCCGAGCUCUGUUGACGACUCAUCAUCAUACCGGCCUCGACCGCCGCCCAAGUCGCCCUCAGUCUCGAAUUUGCCCAUAAUAUCGUUCGCAUCCAAGGCCGCCUCAUACUUUCCCAGCCACGAGAUGAGCACACUACCCGAUCCCCGAAUAAGAACGGCCAGCUCGUCGGGCAACGGACAAAGGCCUUCAACUGCGCAUCCGGAUCUGGACAGGAAUGACGGCGAUGGCGCUUCUACCGUUUCUCAGCAUCCCGGUCUCAGCGACGAAGUUGCGACGCUCAGCACGAAGCUCAUCAACGCCAUCAACCACCAGACCGCGCUCGAUGAUACCCUGUCAGCAACCCGUCACGAAUUGGAGACGUCCCACGACCGCAUCCGCGAUUUGGAGGCUCAGCUUGCCGCCCAGCGCGAGAUGAUGGCUGGCGAUGUCUGGAUUCGCAGAUCGACGCUCGAGAACGAGCGCAAAGUCUGGCAGGCUGAGAAGAAGGCGAUGCAGCAGAAACUUAACGAGGAGACGACAAGCCGGAUAGAGACAGAGAAGGAGAAGCGCAAGAUCGAACAGGAGCUGGAGAAUUUGACCACGGCUCUGUUCGAGGAGGCAAACAAGAUGGUUAUUGCCGCCAAGGAAGACGCUCAGUUCCAGCAUGAUGUUCUGACGAAGAAGAACGAUCAGCUCAAGGCCCAGCUCGCCGAUUCUGAGAGCCUUCUGAAGUCGCAGCAGGAGCAGCUUUCUGAGCUGAAGCAGGUGCUCGAAACCAUGGUGAUGGAGCGCGACGACCAGGGCAACAACACGGUUCCUUCGACCCCCGGCCUCGAGCCCAAGGAUGAAGCCCACUCUGUUCCCGAGAAGCCGACGCCAGCCCCGUCGAGACACAACGCCGAAUCGCAAUCGACCCCGGCUCCCCCGACUAGCUUUACGCAUCUGAUCCAGCCUGUCUUGCGCACCGAUAUCGCAGAGUACGAUGACUUCAUCGCCCUUGCUCGCCUUUCCCAUCCGCGCUCCGGAAGCCGUGUCUCUGCCGGUUCCUCCAUUGGUGGAUUCAUCGGACUUGGCGGUUCAACUUCGAGUGCACACCUUUCAAACGCCUCUACCUCCUCAUUGAGCGCCUUUUCGAACCUCAACCAGAGCAGCAAUUCCAGCACGCCGCAGUCUCCCAACGCGAACGCAAACGCGUCUGCCACCAGCGCCGCUUCGACACCCUCGCCAAUUCCUCAGCUCAAGGAGACACGCUUCUUUAAGCGCGUCCUGACUGAAGACGUUGAGCCCACGCUUCGUCUGGAUGCUGCACCAGGACUGUCAUGGCUGGCUCGCCGCACUGUCCUGUCAGCCGUGGCCGACGGCUCACUGGUGGUUGAGCCCAUCCCUGCGCCCCCCACGACGCCGAGCUUCCUUCCCGUUCCCAAGCCGCAGUUUUAUCCUUGCGCCUUGUGCGGCGAAUCUCGCAAAGACGCAGAGUACUUGCGCAACUACCGCUUCCGUACAAGCGAGGCUGAUUCGGCCCAGCGGUACCCUCUCUGCGGCUACUGCACUGUCCGCGUUCGAUCCACCUGCCAAUUCCUGGGAUUCCUUCGUAUGGUCAAGGAUGGAUACUGGCGGGCCGAUGAUGCGGAGAACGAAAAAGCUGCUUGGGAGGAAAGCGUCCGCCUCAGAGAGCAGAUGUUCUGGGCCCGCCUGGGAGGUGGCGUCGUUCCUGUUUCUCAUGGAGAGACACACACGCACAGCCGUCAGCCUAGCCAGGAGCGGGUUGUAGACGCCCCGGCCGAUGUGUCCACCGACUCCGUUGCCGAUGCAUCUACAGACAAGGAAGAGGGUGCAUCUACAGAAAAGGAAGAGGGAGCAUCUGCGGCCAAGGAUGAGGAUGCAUCUACAGAAAAAGAAGAGGAAGCAUCGGUUGUUGACACCAGCUUCGACACAGCUCCGCCCUCAGAGAUUGAGGACGAUGACGGCAGCGAGUUCGAGCUGGGACGCCGCGUGUCCACGGACGAGCCUCACACGCCUCCCGACCAGACGGACGGCACCAAGCCUCUCCGCUACUCUUUGCAAUCUUUGACUCUGGACGCCAUCAGCAGCUCCGGAUCUGAGGCUACCAAGCGCAUGUCUACGACUACCGUCAUCGAGAACUGA